AUGACCGAAUCUGGUGUUCAGCCUGGAGGAAAUGUUGCUGCUGCUGUUGUUAUGCCACCCACAUUUGCACUUGAGCCAUUUGACCGAAACAAAUCCAAAUGGUCUCGAUGGGUGAAACGAUUGCAAGGAGCCAUGGAGAUUUUCGGAGUCCCACAAACCAGCAAAAAGAACUUGUUAUUGCAUUACAUGGGCUCGGAGACGUACAACAUACUAUGUGACCAUUUGUCUCCCGUGGAGCCCGAAACGAAAACAUUUGAGGAAAUCGUUACUACGCUUGGAGAUUUUUUCGAUCCAGUACCCUUGGAGAUGGUUGAACUGUGGAAGUUCAGAUCGCGGAUGCAGAAGGAAGGUGAAACUAUAAGCGAGUUUAUCACUGCGUUGCAGAGAGAAGCGAAGUACUGCAAGUUUGACGACUACUUACCCAAUGCAUUGCGAAACCAGCUGGUAUUUGGACUUCGCAAUCAACGGAUCCGUACACGGAUAAUAGAAGAGAGGGAUCUAACGUUCGACAAGGCGAAACAGAUUUCCCUAUCAAUGGAAGCAUCUGGAGAGGGAGCUGAAGUACUCAACCGGAGGAUGCAUGAAGUGAACCUGAUGGACAGGAAGAAAUCGAAGCGUCAACCGGCGCCAAUCUCUGGGGUUUUCGAUAUUGUGGAAAACGAAAUCAAUCGGAUGGUGGAAAAGGGGAUCUUGUUGAAAGUUAACCACAGUGAAUGGGCGACUCCGAUAGUGCCUGUGAUGAAGUCCGCCAACAAGGUGCGUCUGUGUGGGGAUUUCAAGCUGACCGUUAACAAGAAUCUGUUAGUGGACGAACAUCCUUUACCGACCAUAGAUGAAUUAUUCGCCAACAUGGCCGGUGGCGAGAAAUUUUCUAAACUGGAUUUAGCACAAGCAUAUCUCCAAAUGGUUGUUAGACAGGAAGAUCAACCAAUACUCACAUUAAACACACAUCUAGGACUUUUUCAACCAACACGGUUGAUGUAUGCAGUAGCAUCUGCUCCCGCGAUUUUUCAAAGAGAGAUAUCCCAGAUUCUCCAUGGUAUCCCUGGGGUUUUGGUAUUCCUGGACGAUGUGAAAAUCACUGGUCCUGAUGAUCGAUCGCAUCUGGACAGAUUGAGAGAAGUUUUAAAGAGGUUUCAUGAAAACAACAUGAGAGUUAAUAUUUCAAAAUGUGAAUUCUUCAGUGAUAGUAUUGAGUAUUGCGGCUAUGUAAUCGACAGACACGGUAUCCACAAAAUGAAGAGCAAAGUUGCAGCUAUACAACGAAUGCCUCGUCCGACAAAUCGCGAUCAAGUACGUGCUUUUCUUGGUCUCGUCAAUUAUUACGGAAGAUUUUUGCGGGACUUAAGUACCAAGAUUUAUCCUAUCAACAACUUGCUUAAAAACAAAACGCCGUUUGUGUGGAGCAGUCACUGCGAAAGAGCUUUUAAAUGGGUGAAAGAGCAAAUGCAGUCUGACAAUGUUUUAGUCCAUUAUGAUACAACUUUGCCACUGAUUCUAGCUGUCGAUGCAUCACCAUAUGGCGUAGGGGCAGUCUUGAGUCAUAUCUACCUUGAUGGAAGUGAACAUCCUAUACAGUAUGCAUCUCAGACCCUGAAUUCCACACAGCAAAAUUAUACUCAGGUUGAUAAAGAGGCUUACGCUAUUAUUUACGGCGUAAAAAAAUUUUACCAAUAUCUUUUUGGUCGAAAAUUUGUGCUCGUGACGGAUAAUAAACCAGUAUCCCAAAUCUUCUCUCCAAACAAGGAAUUACCCACUUUAUCAGCACUUCGUAUGCAACAUUACGCUGUAUAUUUGGAAUCGUUCAACUUCGAAAUACACUACCGUCCUUCAAAGGAGCAUGCAAACGCUGACGGAAUGUCACGCCUACCACUGCCGGACACAACUACCGAGGAUCGAAUUGAUGAGAUUGAUUUUGUUGAAGUUAACCAGAUUCAGAUGUUACCAGUUUCAGUUGAAGAACUCCGAGAGCACACUAAGAGAGAUACUGCAGUACAAAAGUUGAUUCAAGCGUUAAAGUCAGGCAGAUCUAUCGAUGGCUGUGAUCGAUUUGGUAUCGAUCAAAAUGAAUUUUCGUUGCAGAGCGGAUGUUUGAUGCGAGGUAUCCGUGUCUAUAUUCCAUCACAGCUGCGUGCUAGAGUCUUGGAGGAGCUGCAUUCCGGUCAUUUUGGAGUAUCAAGAAUGAAAUCUCUUGCUAGAUCAUAUUGCUGGUGGGAAACAAUCGAUCGGAACAUAGCUGAUUUAGCUCGAGAUUGCUCUAACUGUGCUAGGACAAGGAAUGACCCUGUUAGAGUUCCAAUACACUGUUGGGAACGACCAGUUGAACCUUUUCAGAGGAUUCAUGCAGAUUUCGCGGGUCCAUUCAUGGGAGUAUGUUUCCUUAUCAUCGUGGAUGCUUUUAGUAAGUGGCCGGAGGUUAAAGUGAUUUCUGACAUGACGACUGAAACAACCAUAGAUCGUUUGCGGGAGUUCUUCGCUACAUUUGGCCUACCGUCAGUGCUGGUGACAGAUCGAGGAACUCAGUUCAUGUCAGAUGGGUUCCAAUCUUUUCUGAAGAAAAACGGGAUCGUUCACAAAACUGGUGCACCGUAUCAUCCAGCCACGAAUGGAAAGGCUGAAAGAUAUGUACAAACAUUCAAGGACAAGAUCAAAGCUCUCCGGUGUUCUAAAUCUGAAAUUCAGAAGGAAUUGUGCAAAAUUUUGAUGGCGUAUGGGCGAACCGUUCACCCGACAACCGGGAAAAGCCCGUCUAUGCUUGUGUUUGGAAGACAAAUGCGAUCUCGGAUUGACUUAAUGAUUCCCUCGCUUGAAAAAGGAUAUGCUUCUCUUGGUGAGGAAAAAGCGGUUAGAUCAUUUGAAAUUAACGACAGGGUUGCAGCAAGAGACUUUCUUUCGAAUUCGGAGAAGUGGAGAUUUGGCACUGUAUCAGAGAAGAUGGGUAAACUACAUUACAUGGUAGAAUUUGAUGAUGGACGAAUAUGGAAGCGUCACAUAGACCAACUGCCGCCUGGACCUGUAUAUCGACCGACAUACGAAGACGCAUUUCCGCGAAUGGGUAUUCGUAACAAAGCACUUUCCAUCACACCUUCUUCUCUCACAUCUACAUCUGUUUCUUCAUCGUCCCCUAACCCCACUUCGUCCUCACAAUCAGAGCCGCUUACAUCAAAUGAACAACACAGCUCAUUUAAGUCAUGUUUCACCCAUUCAACAUCCAUUCCAAUUCCAUCUACUCCUGUCAGCGACACCCAUGGUACUGAAUCAGAGACGGGGUCGAAUAGAACAACGGAACCUGGUUAUGAGAAUAGGAGACGAUCUAAUAGAAUAAGAAGGCCUCCGAUCAAACUGGACCUCUGA